AUGCACGGCACGACACAGCGGCUCGGGAAGCAUUCGUUCUCGGUGUUCCUCAGUUGCGAAUGUUUUUACUUGGGCAACCAGGUCUGGAUCCUUGUCCCCCAUGAAGCCUUGGGGACUUGCAGCUCCUGCGAGGAGGCGGCGUUGCUCCAGAGGACUGCCAGCUUGGACAGCCUGGCCAGCCGGACCAGCCGGCUGGCCUCCCUGACGCGCGCCUUGGGAUAUCGGGCCCUGGCCGACAACAUAGUCAAUGCGUCGAAUGGGAGCAAUCGGAGUGCUUGGCAGGGACAGGCCUAUCCAGGUCUCGUCCAGCAGGUCGACAGCAGCCUCGAAGAUCUGCAGCGGGACCUGCUCAAGGACAUGGCUUUGCUCCAAAACCUCGGAGAUGGUCUUGCAGCUUGCAACCGCCAGCUAUUUCAGGAUCUCGAGCAGGCUCCAGCAGCAGUGGAUAUCCUAGAUGUGACGCAGAAGUCCAAGGUGCUCCGCAGCUGCAUCGAUUCCUCGCUAUGGACAUUGGACGCCAAUGGCUGGAACGUGGACAACGGUGACAACAGUGAAGGGGCAAACAAGGUAAGAAAAAGAAGAAGAAGAAGAAGAAGAAACGCUGCCUGGACAAGGACCGCGCGGAAGUUGUUGCGGAAGCUCUUUCUGGAGCUCCAUGCACACUUGGUGCCCGCGUGUUCAUCGCAAGAUGUCUGCUGGGCAGAGGGUUCCUCGGCAUACGGACAGCUGGCCGCCUCCGUUGCUGAGAAGAGGCUGGCCUAUGAGGCCAUGAGCAGAGUCAGGCACGGGAUCCAAGAGCUUGGAAACUGCUUGGGAAACUGCACGGAGGGCGGCACGGAGGGCCGGGAGGGCCCGAAGGGUGAUUCUCGCCCGGACUCGGACCUUGCACCCGUGGCACCGAUCAGAGCAAGCUGUGAGCUGACUCUAUGCGUUGCGCUGUCCAAAGAUAGUACCCUCGCUUUGCGAUGCGACCUUUCGGCCUGCAGCGCGAAGGUGGGUGACGAGAUAAGUGAGCCAGAGGUGGAGCACUGCUGGCACUGGUUGCCACGUAGCCGGACGCACCAGGAGUGCCAAGACACUUGCAGGAGGUGA